AUGCUGGAAUCAGGGUCGGUGCGCACCAAGAACGCCGCCAUGAUCUGCAUGAAGAACAUCGGCCUGUACUCCAUAGCCGCAUUGGCCUACUUCUUCAUUGGAUACAACCUGAUGUACACCGAAGUGAACGGCGUCAUCGGCUCCCUGAAGUUUCUCUAUGGGCCGACCUCGUCCGAGAUUGCGCUCAUGGCCGGACAGGAGGGAGCAGCCGCAGACGUCUUGAAGAAUGGGGCCGGCUAUGCCGCUAUGUCCGACUGGUUCUUCCAGAUGGUCUUCGUGGCUACGGCGGCGUCGAUUGUGUCGGGGGCGCUGGCCGAGAGGGUGAAGAUGUGGUCAUUUUUCCUGUUCACCCUGUUCCUGACCGCCAUAAUUUAUCCCGUAGUGGGCGCCUGGACCUGGGGCGGUGGCUGGCUGACGCAACUGGGUUUCUCCGACUUCGCCGGCUCCACCAUCGUUCACAGCACCGGCGGUUGGGCCGCCCUGGCCGGACUGAUUGUAGUGGGACCGCGGCUGGGCAAGUUUCGUCGCGACGGCACGGCACGGCCCACGCCGCCGUCAAACAUCCUGGUGGUGACCCUGGGUGUGUUUAUCCUCUGGUUCGGCUGGAUAGGCUUCAACGGCGGUUCCCAGCUAGGCCUGGCCAGUGUCAAGGACGCUGUGGCGAUGAGCAUAGUAAUCGUCAACACCAACCUGGCAGCAGCGUCAGGCAUCAUUGUUGCCUUGGCGCUGGCACGCCCCGUUAUGGGAAGAAUUGACCUGUUCGCCAUACUGAACGGGGCCAUUGCGGGCCUGGUUUCGAUAACCGCGCGGCCGGACAUCACUGAACACUACUGGGCGGUGAUCAUCGGGGCCGUUGGCGGCGCCAUCGUAAUCCUGGGACUGAAGGCUAUGGAAAAGGUGAAGUUGGACGACGUGGUUGGGGCGGUGCCGGCCCACCUGUUUGCCGGAAUCUGGGGAACUCUCGCCGUAAGCAUCACGGGAGGAGCGCCCAUCCACAUUCAAUUGCUGGGCAUCGUUUCCAUAGGCGCAACCGUCUUCGCAGUCUCCUUUGGCUUGUGGAAACUAAUGGAGCUGACCAUCAAGACCCGCGUUUCCUACGACGUGGAGCGCCUCGGCCAGGACGCCGCGGAGUUGCGGAUGGAGUCUUACCCAGAGUUUGUGCUUAUGCCAGACUUCGAAGAGGACGACUAA